AUGCAAUUCCAAAAGAUCGCUCUAGCUGCCACUGUUGCUGCCUCCACCGUCGCCGCCGAAGGUUACACUCCAGGUGAACCAUGGUCCACUUUGACCCCAACUGGUACUUACCACUGUGGUGUCGCUCAAUACACUUCUGCCUUCGGUAUUGCCGUUCAACCAAUCGCCAGUGCUUCCGCUUCCGCUAACGCUAAGAGAAACGUCAUUUCCCAAAUCACUGACGGUCAAAUCCAAGCUAAGGUCACCUCCACUGCCUCUGCUAAGGCCGCCACCACCACUUUGGCUCCAACCACCACCACCAAGACCACUUCCACCAAGUCUUCCUCCUCUGCCUCUUCAUGUGCCGCUUCCGCCACAGUCGUUCCAAAGGAUAGCUCUUGUAAGAACUCUGGUACUCUAGAAUUAACCUUGAAUGGCGGUGUCUUGACCGACGGUAAGGGUAGAGUUGGUUCCAUUGUCUCCAACAGACAAUUCCAAUUCGAUGGUCCACCACCACAAGCUGGUGCCAUCUACGCUGCCGGUUGGACCAUCACUGAAGAAGGUAACUUGGCUCUAGGUGACAGCGAUGUCUUCUACCAAUGUAUGUCCGGUGACUUCUACAACUUGUACGACCAAAGCAUUGCUCCACAAUGUUCUCCAAUCCACUUGGAAGUCGUCUCUUUGGUCGAUUGUUAA